AUGUUCUGCUCCUCUUCCAUGCUGGUUGUCAACAAGGUGGCGAUCAGUCUGUUCCCUGCUCAGAACCUCUUGCUCAUUCUUCAGCUUGCGUCCUCUGCGACGUUUCUGUGGAUCAUGGGGAUGAUGAAGAUUUUUCCUGUUGACCCACUUGAUAUGAACAAGGUGAAACAAUCAUGGAUGGUAGCGAGCGUUUUCCUCCUCAACAUUUACACCAACGUGAUGGCAUUGAAGAGCUGCAACGUAGAGACAGUGAUCGUCUUCCGCUCCCUCACAACUGUCUUCAUCGCCAUCGGAGAUGCUCGGGUCCUGCAAGGGAAGCAACGACCGAAAGCCUCUGUUCUGAUCUGCCUGCUUUCUAUCGUCGUUUGUACAUUAUUCUAUGUGCGAAGUGAGAGCACGGAGAUGAUGCAUUCUCGCAGCUACUUCUGGUUGUUUGCCUACAUGUUUGCACAGACGGCAGAUUGUCUCUACAUCAAGCACAACGUCAACACAGUCAACAUGUCUUCAUGGGGUCGAUCCUACUACAACAAUGUGCUCGCUCUCGGCCCUCUCUCCAUCCCGUGGAUCUUGUCGGAGGAUGAGAGCUGGGAGCACCUGGCACAGCAGGUGUCCGCCACCUCCUACUCAGUGAUAGGGAACAUGAACAAAGUUCUCACCAUCAUCAUCAACUACACCAUUUGGAAGAAACAUGCGUCUGAGCUGGGGUUGUUCUGGUUGCUGGGCUGUCUUGUUUCAGGGUAUGCGUACAGCGUCGUGCAGGACAAGUGA